UCCGCCUCCUGCGCUCCCACCCACCCUCGGCCAGCAGCUCCCAGGAACAAAACCCCCGUGCUCGGCCGAGGCUCACUCGUGGCGGAGCCGCGGUGCCGAGAGGAGGAGGAGGAGGAGGAGGAGGAGGGAGACAGCCAGAGAGAAACUUGUCUUGGGGAUUAAUAAGAGGCAGGAGGAGGGAGAGGUGCACACAGGGAAACAUCUGGACCAUGAAGGUGGCCUUCAGAUUGCUUCUCCCACUUGUUCUUGUGCUGAUCUCAGAGGUGAGCGGGCAGCGGAGGAAGCCUCCCCGGAAACCCACCCGCCCGCCUCCCGAGUUCAUCGAGCCCGUUGAGCCCACAGAGCUGCCUCCACCCUUGCCGCCAGGUCCCCCCUCCAUCUUUCCCGACUGCCCCCGAGAAUGCUACUGCCCCCCAGACUUCCCCUCUGCCCUCUACUGUGACAGCCGCAACCUGCGGAAGGUCCCCAUCAUCCCGUCCCGCAUCCACUACCUCUACCUCCAGAACAACUUCAUCGACGACCUCCCGGAGGAGUCCUUCAGGAAUGCCACGGAGCUGAAAUGGGUCAACCUAGACAACAAUCGCAUCCGGAAGGUGGACAGGCGGGUCCUGGAGAAGCUGGAAAACCUCAUCUUCCUCUACAUGGAGAAGAACCAGCUCAAGGAGGUGCCUUCCUUCCUGCCGCCCAACCUGGAGCAACUGCGUUUGAGCAGGAACCAGAUCUCCAAGAUCCCUGCUGGGGUCUUCAACAAGCUGGAGAACCUGGUGCUCUUGGAUCUACACCACAACAAGCUAAGCGAUGGGGUCUUCAACAAAAACACAUUCAAGGGACUCAAGAACCUCAUGCAACUCAACCUUGCCCAUAACAUCCUGAGGAAAAUGCCCCCUGGGGUGCCCAGUGCCAUCCACCAGCUCUUCCUGGACAGGAACAACAUUGAGGACAUCCCCAGUGACUACUUCAAGGAGUUCCCCAACCUGGCAUUCAUCCGGCUCAACUACAACCAGAUCUCUGACAAGGGGCUCCCCAAGAAUUCCUUUAACCUCACCAACUUGCUGGUGUUGCACCUGGCCCACAACAAGCUCACCAACGUCCCUUUUAUCAGCCCCAAGCUGGAGCACCUCUACCUGAAUAACAACUCCAUUGAAAAAAUCAACGGGACGCAGAUCUGCCCCACCUCGCUGGUGUCCAUCCAGGACUUCUCCCCCUCUGACCUGGAUAGCGUGCCUCGGCUCCGGUACCUGCGGCUGGACGGGAACCUCCUGAAACCCCCCAUCCCCUUGGACCUCAUGAUGUGUUUCCGUCUCCUCCAGUCCGUGGUUUUCUAGCCCUGCCAGGCAGCACGCCCCUCCCAGGCCUUGGCUUUGCACAGAGACUCGACCCCCCGUCAGUGUUUGACACGUGGGACCCUCUUUGCCUCCUUCUCCCCCCGCUCACACCCCACCUCCAUCCCUCUUGCCUUUCCCCCUUUCCUCCCCUGCAGUGGCCGUGGACACGUGUGGCAUGUGCACCCUUGGGGACCACUGUCUGCAGGACAGCACCGCGUCGCAGCAGCCGUCCCAGGUCGCAGCAUCAGCCCCGGGGUGGCUGCCACGCUCACCCCGGUUCCUUGCCCCUGGGCCCUGCCUUCUCUGCCCAAACCCAGCCCUGGAGCUGGCUCUGCCUCUCCCCUUCCACCCGGCAGAGUUUCAGGAGGUUGGAUUCGGUCCAAGCCAAAAGCAUCACCGGCUGGAGCUGACGAGGGAGCCCGGGGGCCACCUCACUGCAGGACUCGGGCCAUAUCAUUGCUCCGGGUGGCUGCACCCGGAGAGAGCCCGCCGUGUCCCUGGGGAAAAAUCCCCCGUGAGGCAGACGGAGCAGGGGGGAUGCCCUGGGCUGGUGCAGGCGGCCACCCGGCACCCUCGGGGUGUCCCGGCGGCGGGUGGCCGGGUCUGGCGCUGACCGGCAGGACCGGCAACGACACCUCGUGGCCAGAGCCCCGGGGCGAGGGACACGCUCCUCCGGCCUGGGCCCUCCUGGGGGGUUCCGGGGGCCGAGGGGCUUAUUCCCUUGGGGGGGGGGGGGGGGAUGUGUGAAUUUGCCAGGAGGGAGCGGGGAGGGUGUCACGCCACCCACCCUUCUCUGCAAGACCAGCCCCCUCCCCAGCUUCCAUCCCCACCACCCCCCCCCCCCCCCGCAGCAUCAAUCCUCAGUGAUGCAGCCCCACUCCCCAGCACCCUGCACCCUCCCGCCGUCCCGUGCUGCAGAGUUGCAGGGCUCAGCACCACGGCCGCAUUCUGCUCCUUCCAGCUAUACCCUGCCCUCCCCAAGGCAGGCAGGACCCAAAGCCUGUGGGACCGCGAUGCCGGUGACCUGCCCUGGGCGUGGGACCCCCCCCCUCCGGGGGCAGAGCAGAGCCAGGUGCUUUGCAGCGAUGCCAGCGGGACACUUACUCUCAUAUUUAGGUGCCUGGGGCCAGAUGCUGACGUGGGUGUAAACCCCAGCUCUGCCGGGCUGGGUUGACCCACGAGAUCUCCGCUCUGCUCUCACAGUCCCUCUGCCCUCCCGCCCUGACUCCCAUCUCCUGGAAGUUUUUACUCUCUGUUGCUUUCUUGAACCGAACACACAUGACUGGUUUUGCCUUUUUUGUUUGUUUGUUUUAGAAAAAAAAUGAAAGAAAAAGAAAAGGGAAGAAUUACUCUUUUGGAAAAGCUAUUUUUUAUUCCCCCUUCUCCCUGUUUUCACAUGUAUCACUUCCCUCUUUGAUAGCUGUACCUGCAUAUAUAGGGUGUCCGGGUUUAGGGGGGUUAUACUUUUUUUAUUCCUGAUUCUCAGGAUUUAGAUUUAAGGCUGAGCAUUAGAGGACAACAAAACCAAAAAACUGAAAUGAUCCUUAAAGCAAUAAACCAAAGAAACCAGCUGUUACCUCCUUUGUGUUUGGCCACCAAAACUGACCCUUUUCUGGGGCGGGCACCGUGUCCCACCCCCCAGAAAUGGGACAGGGAUGCUCCCCACAGCCUGGGGGCACACCAGUGACCCUGCGAGUUGGGUGCUCCCCAAUUCCCAGUGCUGGAAGGGUCAUUAAACCCCUGUGCUAAUUCAGGUUUGUUUUCUCAUGAUAAAAGUCUCUUCUCCAAAUCUUCCUCCAGUGGGCUUUAUUGGGUUCGACAGGUUUCAACCUUAAACCCGGAGACCCUAUGUAUAUAUUUAUAUAUAAUGUGUAUAUAUACUGGUAGACUGUACAGAUAUAUCUAGAGACAUAUGUAGUUCUCGACUGAUUUCAGCUUAAUGGUAUUUUCACUCCUACUCUUCGCAGCAGUGAAAAUAAAAUGAUUCACAAGGGA